GAGGGGGCACCGGGCACGAAGUGGGGGCGCUGGGCACCGGCUCUUUCGUCCUCCUCCCCCCCCCGCCCCCCAUCUUUAAAAAAAAAAUCUUUUUUUGCAUCUGCCACUGCGAUAUUUUUCAAGCCGAAGUAAAGGCACUUGGGGUUUUGUAAACGGGAGCUGGUUUUCUACUGGCGGGUCGAGAUUUCUCUCUCGGAUUCUUUUAUACGGAUUGAUCCAUUUUUUAUAACCACAAGAAGGAAUCAGCUAACGGGGCCCAGACGCCCUGACUUCCACCCCAUAACUCUGCGCCGUGUCAAGGCACCCUUCUGCGCCCCCCCCCACCGCCACCCAGUGCCAUCUGCUGAGCCCCUCCAUUCCCCCUACCCAGGGCUGUCUCACGGGACCCACCGUACCCCCCACCCGGUGCCAUCUCCUGGUGCAUCUCCCAUCUCCCCGUCCCUGUCCCCAGCUGCCCAUUUACUUGCAUCUUCUGGGGCCCCUCUGCGCCCUCCUCACCUCCCCCAACCCAGGUCUUCUCCCUGCCCCCCCAUUUGCCCCCCGUCUCCCAGUGUCGUCCCCCCCGCCCCCCGCACACCAUGUACCACCUGCUGACUGUCCUCCUCUGCGCCGCCCUGGAGGCCCUGAGCCGCCGGCCGGCCCUGGCGGUCCUCCAGGCCCCUCGCCCAGCCAACCACAGCCGGGCGCUGCCCAGCCUGCUGGCUCACCUCAAGCGGCUGGCGGGGGGCAACGGCACAGGGGCGGGGGCCUGGGGGGGCCGGGCGGCCGAGACGUGCCAGGGCUACUACGACGUCAUGGGCCAGUACGACGCUGCCUUCAACUGCACCACGGGCGGCUACCGCUUCUGCUGCGGCACAUGCCACUACCGCUUCUGCUGCGAGCACCGGGCCAUGCGGCUGGAGCAGGGCCGCUGCACCAACGUGGAGACCCCCUUCUGGGCCCACACCCAGGCCAGCAGCACGGCCGGGCCCGGGGGCCGGGGGCCGGGGGGCUCCGAGGCCGCCCGCCAGCAGAGCAACAGCACCGUCUACGUGGUCUGCGGCGUCAUCAGCUUCACCCUGGCCGUGGGCCUGGGCAUCAAGGUGGCCUUUGGCAAGGCUUCCCGCCGGCCCCAGGGGCGGGAGAUCAACAUGCCCAGGGCUCUUGUCGACAUUCUCCGGCACCAGGCUGGGACCAGCUCGCGCUCCGAGCGCAGCAACAGCACCACCCUCAACUCAGCGUCCCAGGACAACGGCCCGGCCCGGCCCCCGAAGAACCUUUACAACCCCAUCAAGCCCUGCCAGAGCAACCACGACAACAUGCAUCACAACUACGUGCACCUCAGCGUGAGCAGCCCGAAGCACCACGCCGCCACGCUGGACUGGCGAGUGCAUCACACCCCAACGUCGGGCCUGAAGUACAAUUCGCUCACUUGCUCCCGCUCCUUCCACAACCUCUCGCACCUGCCCCCGUCCUACGAGUCGGCCAUCAAGUCGGAGCUCAGCCGCUACUCCUCGCUCAAGAGGCUGGCGGAGAAGGACAUGGACGAGCUGUACCUGAAGCGGCGGCACCUGGCCGAGCUGACGCGGGGCACGCUGCCCCUGCACGCCAUGAAGAUGAACUACGAGCGCUACGGGGAGGCGGCCCAGCACCCGCGGCGGGUGAUGUCCCAGGAGCACAUCCUCUCGGACGGCUACCGCCCCUCCCCCUACGACUGCACCGGCCCCCGGGAGCGGGUCGUCUCCCACGAGCGGCUGCUCUCCCGCGAGGUCCUGCACUCCCAGGAGCCUCUGCUCUCGCCCGAGCGCCUGCACCAGGGCACGGGACCCUUCCAGGAGCUGCGGCUGGGCCACCAGAAGGCCCUGUCCCAGACCAACAUCUGUGCCACUGGCACCCCGCUGCUCGAACGCCACCAGGGGCACAAGAUGAACUCCCACCCGUCCUCCGCCAACUCGGCCCAGGCUGCCUGGGAGGUGGGCAGCAACCACACGGCCAACCGGCGCCAGGGCUUCGGCGUCCGCCGCCAAAGCACCAUCGAGCAGCUGCAGUUCAUCCCCGGGCACCACCCCAGCCAGCACCUCCGCACCGGCAGCAAGAACGAGGUCACCGUGUGAGGGCCGGGCUCAGGUGGACUCGACUUUCCAAGGCCAUAGCUCUCUUCCUCCUACUCCUCUGUGUCUUCCCCCCCGUCCUUCCCGUCUUCUUUCUUGGACCGGGUGGCCUGCUGGGCUUCAAGGCCUUUGCCGGGCUUUGGUGGCAUCUGCCUUUGAUGACCUCAGCGCCAUGAGUCCUGUCAACUUUUGAUGAUGUCAGGGUUAGGUUGAACCCAUCCACGCUGGAUGACGUCAGCCCCUGGGGCCCUGUCGACACUGGGUGACAUCGAGGUUGCCUUGUCUCCGUCCAUGUUAGAUGAUGUCCACAACUGGUGACAUCACUGCUGUGGGCCCUCUUGACUUGUGAUGAUGUCAAGAUUGCCUUGGGCCUGUCCGUGUUGGGUGACCUCAGCGCCACAGGCCUUGUCAACUUUUGAUGAUGUCAAGGUCGCUUUGAACCCAUCCACGUUGGAUGACGUCAGCCCCUUGGAGCCUGUCGAGAUUGGGUAAUGUCAAGAUUGCCUUGUCUCCGUCCAUGUUAGAUGAUGUCAGUGCCCUGGGUUCUAUCGACUUUUGAUGUCAAGAUUGUGUUGAGCCUCUCCAUGACUGAUGACAUCAGUGCUCGGGGCCUUCUCAACUUUUGUUGAUGUCAGGAUUGCCUGGGGCCCAUCCACAUUGGGUGACAUCAGCACCAUGGGCCCUGUCAACAUUUGAUAUCAAAGUGGUGUUGGGCCUGUCCCCGUUGGAUGACAUCAGCACCAUGGGCCUUGCUGACAUUUGAUGAUGGCAAGAUUGUGUUGGACCCAUCCACGUUCGAUGAUGUCAAAUUGCAUUUGGCCUGUCCACCGACAUCGGCGCUGUGGGCCCUGUUGAUGGUUGAUGAUGUCAGGACAGUCAGGCCUGUCCAUAUAGGAUUACGUCAGUGCUGUGGUUGUGUCAACAUUUGAUUCCAUCAGGACCAGCUGUCCUGUUGACUUUUGAUGAUGAUGUCAGCACUGGCCAUCUUUGAUGACAUCUGCACUGUGGCCCUUGUCUAUGUGUCAUGAUGUCAGUACCACCAAGCCCGUCAACCUGUGAUGAUGUAAACACUGUGGGUCAACCUUUGAUGAUGCCAAGAGGGCUCUCAACCUCUGCUGUCAAUACCGUCUCCAUCUCAUGACAUCAACACUGUGGACCUUGUCGGUGAUUGAUAACAUGAGUGCUGUGGGCCUUGUCGACGUCUGAUGACAUCAUCGCCGUUUCAUGGUCUCAACACUGUGGACCUCGUUGACCGUGGAUGACACCAGUGUCCUGGGCGUCAGCCUGCUGGUUUUGACAUCAGUCCAGUGGCUCCGUCGCCGAUUGACGAUGCCUGUUCACUGGGCGUUGUCACUGAUGAUGUCACAGCAGUUGGCCUGGUCAAUAGUUGAGGAGAUCAAGCACUGCCAGGCCAUCAUCAACCCCUGAUUAUGUCAGCACUGCGGACUUUGUUGGUGAUGGAUGAUGUCAAGAUCAUCAGGGUCUGUUGACCUUUAAUGUCGGCCCUGUUGAUAUUCAGUGAUGUCAACUCUGUGGACCUGGUUCCUUUUUUUGAUGACAUCAGCACUGUGGGCCUUGUCUAUCUUUGAUUAUGUCAGUGCUGUGGGCCCAGUCCACUUGUUGAUGAUGUCACCGCUGUGGACCCAAUCCCCUUUUUUAUGACAUCACAGCUGUGGACCUGGCCCGCUUUUUGAUGCUAUUGCCGACAGAGGCGCGGCCCCCCUUUUGAGACUCAGCCCGCCCCAUGAUGUCAUGCCCGCCGGCCCCGUCCAUUCAAUGAGGACGCCAUGGUGCCUUCCGAUGACAUCACCGCUCCCCUCCAGCAGGCCAGAUGCCCCCUGGCACCAGGGUGGGAGCAAGUGGCCCCCUCUCCCCGGAUCUCAUGGCCGGGGCUGAGAGCUCAUCAGGUGGGCCAUGGUAUGGCCAAACCUCCACUUCCAUCCCAUCCCACCGCUGCCCCCCAUGUACAUAUCUUUAUAUAGCGCUCUCUGGUUUCUCUCUUCCAGUGCUUCGGCUCUUUGGAUUUCCAGCCCACUCCACUGCCAUGGGGCAGGGGAGCACGAGCCCCCACCCCUCCAGCACACGUGAAUGUAGUUUGAACAGCCUCAGCUCUUUCAAACCCCGCCCCUCUCUCCCCAAGAUCGUGGGUCACCCCACGCCGUGGGGGGGGGGGGCGGUAACUGGGUCUUCGUAUCAUGCCUUUUUCUUUAUUUCUCUUCCGUUUCUUCGCGGGCCGCUUGCUAGGCCCUGGGAUCUUCGAUCUCAUCACCCAGUAGAGUUCUGACGGGUCUCAGCCUCAAACCUUUUCAUCCCUUCGUCCCCCUCUGCGCUCAGACCCCGACCAUCCAACGCCAAAACAUGCUCCUCUUCUGCACUGUGGUAUGCCUACGGGGCAUGGCCGGCUGCUACGGAUACAGAGGCACUGAGAUGGGGUCCUGCCGUGCUGGGCGCUGCACAGAUAUCGUCACCGAGAGCGGAGUCGCAUCAGGCCAGGCGCUGCCCCAUCACACUGGGUAUUGCCCAAAGAAUCACUGAGAUCGGGGCCCCGUCGCGCCGGGCACUGCCCAGAUACAUACUAUCUGUGUCUUCCCCACAGAGCUCUCCAUCUAAAUGUAUCAAAAUCAGCUGGAACCCAGGCUAGCCCACAGGGUUCCCUCUCCCCUUCGUGGCUGUACCAUGGAGAGUGGUUUAUAGGCCACGUACCACUGGAGCUCUUUAGCCCAGGUGUAACACAAUCCUAUUCUUCCCCAAGGCAUUAGAAACUCCCGAGGGCCUUGGCAUGGCUUCUGGUACAGACCGUCCAGCCUUAAAUAAAACCCCUCUCUUCACAUUGGCUCCUGACCUCAGGGGACUCUCUGCAACCCUGGCAGGCAGCAGCUUAAACACCAAUACAAGGAGUGGCUUUAUUGCCAUACGGUUAGCCUGCGGAACUCCCCACCAUUGGAUGUCGCUGUGGCCAAAAGCUUAGGUGCCUACAAAGGAUCAGCUUCUCUAGGGGUCACUGUGACUCAUGGCAAUUCAGCCGGGCCCUCUGUCGCCAAUCUCUUCAGCUGGAGUUAUAAAUCAAGAGCUGAAAUCAUUUAAAGCCAACCCCCUGGGUGGGUUAGUCCGUAUUUGCCCCCCAGGGGAUGUCUUGUCCCUUCCUCUGAAGCAAGUCUGUAGGGACCACUGGUGGAGACCCGGAUACCGGGCUAGAUGGGCCUACCCACUGGUCAGUUCUUAGACUCCUGUGAUUUUUGCGGGGGGUGCUUCAGCGUUUGGGGUGCCCGUCUCAAGCGGCUGAUUGUGAGAGAGGCGGGCGCUCAGUGCUGCCAGGUGAUUGGGAAUGCCUUGAUGGCAUCCGGAAAUCACAGGAACAGAGAAAAUUGACUGGAGCCAAUUAAUGGGCCCAUCUAGCCUGUCCCGUCUCUGACUGUGAUCAGUACCGGAUGCUUCAGGGGAAGGUGGUUAAAGCAGAAGCCUGGGGACUCAGGACUCCUGGGGUCUAUUCCUGGGGAGGGGAGCGAAUCUAGUGAUUAGAGCAGGGGAAGGGGGUCAGGUGUCAGGACUCCUGGGUUCCAUGCCCCCUAAGACUGGUUGGAUAUCCCUUCCCACGUUACGUUCCCGCCGGAGAGUCCUGUUCUCCAUAGAGUCUGGGGCCUGUUGGGAGCGCUGGGAUUGCCUAGUCUAGCCCCCAGCGUAACGCAGGCUGGACCCGUCCAUUCCCCUUUUGAACCACCCUAAAUUCUUGUUUUCAACAACUCCCUGCCGUGGUGAGUUCCCCAGGCUCAUUCCACAUCAUGUGGAAAAAAGCAUUGCCUUUAACUCCCCUUGUCCUUUUAGCCAAUCUCUCACGCUCCCUUCCCUGCCUCCCCCCUUUCAAAACACCACCCCGCCCCCGGCAGUUAACCCUUUGAACACUCUGAAUUCAGAGGCCGCUCCCUUUAAGGGUCAGGCUGCAGGACAUACCAGGCAGGGGGGGUUUAGGAUUUGAUUUUUUAGGGCCCCCUUUUGAGGGGCGAUUUUCUCUCCCCCCGUCCCCCUGCCUGAUCAUCCAGGGGUGGCAAAGCUAUAAGCUUCCCCUUCCGGAUGGGGAGCCCCAGCCUCCAACCUUCCCCUCCCCCAGCUAGAUUUCUGCCCCCCUGUCCCCUUCUCAGGAUCUUUGGAUGAGGUCAGCUGGGCUCUGCCCCCUUGACUUCACUGGUGCCAUAGGGCAGAGAAUAGCCGUGGCGCAGGACGCCCCGGCCCUGACCCACAGCUGCCCCCAAAGGGCCCCAGGGGACAGGGAAUAGCUGCAACUCAGGGCACCCCUGCCAUGCCCCCGAUCUGCCCCCAUUGGCCCUGGGGGGCAAGGAAUAGCUACAGCGUCAGGCGCCCCAAUCUGCCCCCUACUGCCCGGUGUGGGUGCAGCACCCUCACCCUGGCUGGGGCAGAGCACCCAGGGGCCCAAGCGUCUGGGGGAGAAGCUCGUGGGUUUUCUGCCCCACAACACUGGUGACGGCAGCACAAGCCAUUCCCCCCACCUCCCCACUACGUCGUGCCCCCGGGAUCUGUGGGGGACCCCCUCCACCCCCGCAUUCCUUCCCGAGCCCCCUUCAUCCCCCUCCCCAGACAUCCCCUCCUCCGCUGAACUCGAAUCAAGGGCUAAUGUUUCCUCUUCCUCCCCUCCUUGCCCCAGGGGUAUUUUCGUGUUGGGAGGGGCAGGUCGGGGGGGGCAGGGUUUUGUUGCUGUUGUUGUUGUUUUUUGGAAGUAUCUCAAUGCAAAACUUUCCCCUGAUGGGGGGGACCCCAGGCUUUGGGAGGCAGAGGGAGCCGAGCCAUUGGCCCCAUUCACCCUGCCCUUUGCCCCCCAACUCGAGCCACCACCCCCCCCCAAAUAAUCCCAGGGAUUUUGGAUCUUCCCAGUCAGCUCAGACCCAAGAUGGGUUUGGGAGGGGACCGGUUUGGGAGACCGCUGUGGGCCUCCCUUGUGUGGCCCUCCUGGGUCGGCGGGGGGGGGGGGGGGGCGCGGGGGGGUGUCAGUGCCUCCUCCCCCUCGGUCCCAUGCCUCCAAGCAUAAGCCAUAGUUGACCUGGAGCACGUUGGGUCCCCGGAUGAACAGCCAUUCGGCCAGGACGGGACCUGGAACCCGCCCUGUGGGGGUCCGUGUUAGAGGAAAGGUGCUGAGAUGUGGGGGGACUGGCUGGGGGGGAUCCCUAGUCACCCCAUGUCACUGGGAGCAGGGCGGGAGGGCGGUCAUGGCAUCCUCAGGGAUUGUACAGACCAGAGUGAGCACGAGGAUGGGGGCAGUAUGUGUAGGGGGUGGGGGCAUGGCGGGAGGUGUGAUGGGAGUGUGGGGGGAGGUGGGAGUUUGGUGGGAGAAAUGGGGGGAUGACAGAGGUGGGGAGGUUCAGUAGGAAGUGGUGGGAUUGGCAGGAGGAAUGUGGGGGGACAGCGGAGAUGUGUGAGGAAUGUGGGGGGAUGGCAGGAGGUUUUGGGGGAUGGCAGGAGGUCUGGGGGGAUGACAGAAGUGGGGGGUUGGCAGGAGGAAUGUGGGGGACAGCAGAGGUGUGUGAGGAAUGUGGGGGGAUGGCAGGAGGUGUGAGGGGACAACGGAGGUGGGGGGUUGGCAGGAGGAAUGUGGGGGGACGGCGGAGGUGUGGGAGGAACGUGGGGGGACAGCAGAAGGUGGGAGGUUGUGGGGAGGUGGGGGUUGUUGUGAAGUGUGUGAGGAAUGUGGGGGUUCAGUGGAAAGGUGUGGAGGGACGAUGGAGGUGUGGGGGGACAGCAGAGGGAUGAGGGGUCUCUGGGAAGUGCAGGGGUUGGCAGGAGGUGGGAGGGGCUGCAUGGGUGGGUUGUGUAUGAAGAGAACGUGUGUGGGGGGUGUGCGGGCGUGGGAGUGGUGCCAGCGCGGGCAUGCCGGGUUGUGCCCGGCUGUUGGCGUUGGGUGUGUUGGCAUGCGCACGGCGGGAUCCGGGGAGGCUCAGCAGGGGCACAAUGUGUGUUGUAUGAUGUGUCCUUGGCUCCAUGCCUGAGACCCAGCUCUCCCUGCCCCUCUCAGGGCCGGGGGGCCCGCACCCCGCGGAGACCAAAACCCACCAUCUGGGCCGAUCCCCCCACCCAAUGCUCAGCACCCACUCCCCAUGGGAGUCCAUGGCACAUCCUCCCCUCCGGGGCUGGGAUAUGUCGCUCUUCCGUCCCGCGGCCCAGUUCUGGAGAACUCCCGGCAUGAUGCCGAGGGGCCGGUUCUUCAGCCCCUGGGUGUCUUGUUUUGCAUUUUUUUUAAUAUAAAAAAUAAAACGGUGUCUUCUAUUUUUAGAGCCGCGACUGUUUUGACCAGUCGCGUCACAUGCGCUAAGGGUUAAGCCAUAGGCUCUGACUGGAAAGCCCAGCCUCGGCUUGCGAGGCGCCCUCCCCACUCCUGGUGGGCUGACACGUGGCGUUGACUCUGGCCCGUCUGCUUCGCCGGCCGGCAGGUACGGCAGCGCCUCCCACGAAGUUCUCUGCGAUCGGACGGGCGCGUCGGCUCCCACGCUCGAGGUGCGACCAGCCUCGAAGCCGGCCUAGGCCUCGCUUCUGGUCGCUCCUCAGGAGGCCCUAGUGCAUGGGAGCUCCCCCGGCACGGCGGAACGAGGCACGCAGCGUCCGUGCCCAGCUGUGCGUGUGGGCGGGGGGUCCUGGGUCCCGAGCGCAGGGAAACAGCUGUAUAAAUGGCCCAUAAACAAGGGUCUACACUGAGCUUGUUACCGCUCAUUCACCCUCUGCCAUUCACGGUCUGUUAGGCACUUGGCAGCGUGCUAGUGGUGAGCAUGGGUGUCUCGAUGGUCAUUUGCUAUUCACUCCUCCCUGUUCACUGCUCUCUGUUCACUUUGUUAUUGACUUCCACUACCCCUGUUCACUGCUCACCUUUCAGUCUUAGUUAUUUGCUAUUCACUGUUCACUGUCCCCAUUCGCUCCUCACCAUUCACUGUUUGUUAUUUGCUAUUCAUUGUUCACUCUCCCCAUUCACUGCUCACCGUUUCACUCUUCACCAUUCAUUGCCCGAAAUGCAGUUUGCACUCUCAAAUAUCCCUCACUAUUCUUCAUUCAGUAUUCGGCCCUCGUGUUUCAUUCUUCGCUCUUCCUGUUCACGGUGCAGCUCGCUCUUUGCCGUUCACUGUUCUUCUUUCUCUUGUCACCAUUUCUCAUUAAGGUCCCCUCGUUCCCCAUCCGCUGUGCUUUGCCUACGAUUCCCUUUCUUCCCUGCGUCUUCGCUAGUUCUCAUUCCCUUGCCGCUCUUGGCUCCUUGGCUGCCAGCCGCUACUUGCCCAGUGGCCGUUGGCUCCUCCUCACCUGCCAGGCCGUUUUGAGAAAGGCCCAGGAAGACAGCGGGUGGCCAAUCCCACGCAGUGCGAGAUCCCCACUGGGGAGCCCCACCAUGGGCGACAGGUGCCGAGAGUGUCCCGUGACCAAUCAGUUGGGCUCCUGUGGCUCAAACCCAGGGAAAUCAGGGCUAAACCCAAGGGAACAGGAGGGGCCUUAGCAUCAGGUUGUUCCACCUGCCCCGGUAGUGGAAGGGCCCUGAUAACCAGCUGCUGAGGACGGGGAACCCAUUUCCCCUGCUGCACGUCAACUCGUUUUCUGCCAGCAGAGGCUGCGGUUCCUGGUGUACCCCGAACACGCCAUCUUUGGACAAAAAGGGGAAUGUUGCCCCCUGCUGAUCCCCCUGCUCCACAGCCCAGCACCCCCUGCUGAGCCACUGCCCCACAGCCCAGUGCCCCCUGCUGAGCCCCUGCCCCGCUCCCUGCAGCCCAGUGUCCCCUGCUGAGCCCCCCGCCCCUUCCCUGCAGCCCAGUGUCUCCUGCUGAGCCCCCCGCCCCUUCCCUGCAGCCCAGCGCCCCCUGCUGAGCCCCCCGCCCCUUCCCUGCAGCCCAGCGCCCCCUGCUGAGCCCCCCGCCCCUUCCCUGCAGCCCAGUGCCCCCUGCCCCAGUCCCGUCAGCACAGUGGCCCUUGCUGAGCCCCCAUCAUUCUCCCUGCAGCACGAUGCCACCUAGCACCAAACUGGGGUAUCGGGGCCUGCACAAUCUGCCCGGGGAGAGCGCCCCAUAGUGAGCAAAGGGUCCAUUUAGCCUUGUACCCUGCCCUCUCUCUGCCCCCCCACCCCAAAUAAGACCCAUCUAGCUCAGUAGCCCACCCCCUGCCAGCCCACUCCGGAUUAGACCUGUGGGCCCCUCUAGCUCGGUAUCUGACCCCGGCUGAUCCCAUCUCUGGCAGUGGGCAGCACCAGCUGUCUCAGAGGUAGGUACAAGGACACCCCCUAGUGAGCAGCCGGGGGGCAGCCUUCCAAACCCCAGUGCGGCAGGCAGAGUGGGGGGAGGCGAGUUGGUGGGGUCGCCCUUCUGGCUCUGAACUCCCCCUGGCCUGGCACGGGGGUUCACGUGCCUUAAGGUCACCGUCUGCGGCCGCCUACCCCUGUGGGAGCCCCGUCCGGCUACAAAAACGACGCAGCCCCUGGAUCGCACAGAACUCGGAAGGCGCCAGAACCAAAUCAGGUUAAUUUAAACAGAAUUACAAGCAAAAAAACAAAACAAAA